CGGCGGCCCGCGGGAAUGCUGCGCUUCAGCUCGGGGCUCACGGUCACCGCCACCACUCCCAGGAGGUCGGCUGGCGACAGCGGCCGCGCCCGGCGGAAGAUGAAUGUCUGUAGGUUACGCUUAACGGUACCACCUGAUGAAGGCUCACAGCCUGAACAGGGAGCAAAGGAACCUGAAAGAAAGAAAAAUGAGCUCUACCACAUACCCAAUGGUAUGUCUCCAGCGAAACUCUCCCAUGGGAUGGUGUAUGGCGUUGUGCACCGAACUGACAACAACCAUAAGAGAGAAAUGGUGGUUUAUGGAUGGUCAGCUGAUCAACUGAAAGAGGAAAUGAAUUACAUUAAAGAAGUGAGAGCAACUCUGGAAAAAGUAAGAAAGAAAAUGUAUGGUGAAUAUGAUGAAAUGAAAAGAAAAAUACAGCAGCUUACGAACGAACUGAAAGUGACAAAUGCUCAUCAGGAAUCCUUAGAGAAUCAUGUGCGAGUACAGGCUGCAGCCUUAGAUAGCUUUAGUGAAAUGAACAGCUCCUUGACGUCAGCAUCAAUAGACUUGCAGAAAACUCUAGUGGAUGUUACAUUGGAGAACACUGAUAUAAGGGAACAAAUAAGGAAUUUAAAACAUACACAUGAACAAUCUAUGGAAAAGCUGAGAGAGAAGCAAAAGCAACUGGAAACAGCACAAAUUGAAAAUCAGUUACUGAAAUUAAAGGUGGAAUCAUCCCAGGAAGCCAAUGCUGAAGUCAUGAGAGAAAUGACAAGAAAACUCUAUAGUCAGUAUGAGGAAAAAAUGCAAGAAGAGGAGAAGAAACAUAAAGCUGAGAAAGAAAUCCUCCUAGAAGAAACUAAUCGGCUUCUAAAGGCUAUUGAAGAGGCAAAUAGGAAGAUGCAGAUUACAGAAACAAGUAUUCAGGAAAAAGACCAGAGAAUUGGUGAGCUGGACCGGCUGAUUGAGCGCAUGGAACAGGAACGUCAUCAGCUGCAAAAACAACUCGAACUAAAUGAAAUACAAAUAUCUGGAGCAAAAUCUGAAAACAACUCUGACAGUGAAAGGUCACAGCAUUUGGAGGAGGUAGCUGCUAGUCUAAGAGAGCGAAUCAAACAUCUGGAUGAUAUGGUCCACUGCCAACAGAAAAAAGUCAAGCACAUGGUUGAGGAGAUUGAAAUGCUAAGGAAGAAAGUAAAAGAAAAGGAAUUAUUUAUAGUACAGCUUUUAGAAAAAAUCUCUUUCUUAGAAUGUGAGAAUAAAGAAUUACAAGAUAAAUUGGACUACUUAAUGGAAAACCAACCAAAGACCAAUAUAGAAACCAGAGAUACUGGUGUAGGUUGUGAUCUUCCAUACAGUACAAGUACUGAGAACAGAAGAUCUCCUGAAAGUGCAAGGCCAGUGAGGACAUACACCCCAUUCAAGAGAGUGUUGGAAUUUAGCACAAAGAACAGUACAUCUUGA